GCGUGGUGCUGGCAUCCCCAGGCCCUGUUCCCCUCUCCGGUCUGACUUGGCGGCGAGCCAGCAGUUCCUCGGCGCGUGGCAGCUGGGCGCAUGCGCGUCGUGAAGGCGGCUCGGCUAUGUUGCUGCGCGAGAGCUCUGUAGAUUUAAUAAUGAAGUGGAGCGCGAGAGCGCCCGAGCUAACUUUAGAGACAUAAACAACAGUAACAAAAAAAGAAAAGAAAAAAAGGGGGGGAAAUACGACAAAUACGCGUAAGCCUACGCGCGCAAGGCCCCGCGUGUGCGUUUGUGCGUGUGCGCUUGUGUGUGCGGGUUUGAGUAUUUGUGCGUAACUGUUAGAGUUACUUCUUCUUCUUCUUCUUCUGCUUCUUUUUCUUCUUCUUCUUUCUUUCUUUCUUUCUUUCUUUUUCCGCUCCGGUGCGGUAGGUCGGUUGAGUUUGCUGUGAAGUUGUCGUGCAGGAGGACUCGCGCUGACAGCGGUGCGCGCGCUCUCCGCACAGCCGCCUCUCUCUCUCUUUUUUUUUGCCUGCGCCGCGCUCCCGGUCGCUCGAGCGCGUGAAUAGUUUUGGACGAGCAUGUAAACGGAGUGGACGGAGACGCACCGUUUGGACCGUUUCGGACAUCUCUGACCACAACAACUCCGCAGAGUCGUUGGAUCAAAGCUUAACAGGGUGGAAGUGAUCGACUGAUGGAGAAUACACAGGAGCUGACCGAACAGGCGGUGAAGAAACCUCUCUCUGAUCCUCCCGCUUCAGACCCUUCUGACAACAGGUCAUUGGAAAUGCAGGAAUUAACCAGCCCUCAGCACACAGUCGCCAGUGGCAGCGAUGGCAGCUCCAAACUGGACAAGAGUCUCCUCACUAACAGCGUCUCGACCAACGGAACAGGAGGCGAGAACAUGACCGUUCUAAACACGGCUGAUUGGCUGCUGGGCUGCAACACUCCGCCCACUGCCCCAAGUACGAAGGACUAUGUAAAGACAGAGCCGCUGAACAGCAGUGAAGCAGUCAGCACAGCCGGAGAUACAGGGCUGGACACUUACACAGGGUCAGUUAUAACCAGCAGUGGAUUUAGUCCUCGACCUGCACAUCAGUACUCACCUCCCCUUUAUCCAUCCAAGCCUUAUCCCCACAUCCUGUCCACGCCCGUGGCUCCGCCCAUGUCUCCCUACACUGGACAGACCCAGUUCAGCAGCAUGCAGCAGUCUACAGUGUAUACACCAUACUCUCAAACCACACAACCUUACGGUCUCUCCACCUAUGCAGAUUUAGGGGUGAUGUUGCCUGGGAUAAAGACAGAAGGGGGGCUGUCCCAGACCCAGUCCACAAUCCAAUCAGGGCUCAGCUACAGCACAGGAUUCACCACCCCCCAGCCUGGACAGACGGCCUACUCGCCCUAUCAGAUGCCAGCAUCAGGGUUUACAUCCUCCCCUGGCCUCUACACCUCCAACAACUCCGUGUCCAAUCCAGCCAACUUCAGCACACAACAGGAGUAUCCCUCAUAUACAUCGUUCGGGCAGAAUCAGUACGCUCAGUAUUACUCUGCCUCCUCCUACGGCUCCUAUAUGACAACCAACAGCACACUGGACAACACAGGCUCCACCUCCAGCUAUCAACUGCAAGACCCCGCCCCUGUAAUCACAGGACAGGCUCCUGAGAUGCACCCAGGUGAUUUUGAGGCGGGGCAGAGUCCUUCCACGCCCAUCAAGGAACUGGAUGACCGGACGUGCCGUGGGGGCGGGACUAAAGCCAGGGGGCGUGGGAGGAAGACCAACCCCUCCCCUCCUCCUGAUAGUGAUCUGGAGAGAGUGUUUGUUUGGGAUCUGGAUGAGACCAUCAUUGUCUUCCACUCGCUUCUCACUGGAUCUUAUGCACAGAAAUAUGGAAAGGAUGCUCCGAUGGCAGUGACACUGGGUUUGAGAAUGGAAGAGAUGAUCUUUAAUCUUGCAGACACUCAUCUCUUCUUUAAUGACUUAGAGGAAUGUGAUCAGGUUCACAUUGAUGACGUGUCAUCAGAUGAUAAUGGACAGGACCUUAGUACUUACAGUUUUGCCACUGAUGGCUUCCAUGCAGCUGCAACUAGCGCAAGCCUCUGCUUAGCCACAGGCGUCAGGGGCGGAGUGGACUGGAUGAGGAAGCUGGCCUUCCGCUACAGACGAGUGAAGGAAUUGUACUGCUCGUAUAAAAACAACGUUGGCGGGCUCUUGGGUCCUGCUAAGAGAGACGCGUGGCUUCAGCUCAGGGCCGAAGUUGAGGCUCUGACGGAUUCGUGGCUCACCACCGCACUCAAGUCCCUGUCAAUCAUCAGCUCCAGGAGUAACUGUGUUAAUGUCUUGGUGACUACGACACAGUUAAUACCAGCUCUUGCUAAGGUGCUGCUGUACAGCCUGGGCUCGGCUUUUCCUAUCGAGAACAUCUACAGCGCAACUAAAAUAGGUAAAGAGAGCUGUUUUGAGCGUAUAGUGUCCAGGUUUGGCACUAACAUUACAUAUGUAGUGAUUGGCGAUGGGCGCGAUGAGGAGCACGCGGCCAGCCAGCACAACAUGCCGUUCUGGCGAAUAUCCAGCCACUCGGACCUGCUCGCCCUCCACCAAGCACUGGAAUUCGAGUACCUGUAACACUCGACAGCUGUAUCAUAGGCCUCUUUUUGUACAACUAUUUAAGAACAACAUUACACUGCAGUCUCCUUUUAUGUUGGUUUGUGUCCUCUGUCUUUUUAAUUAUGGUUUCUCUGGCUUCUGAGAUAACUCUGCACUGUCUUAAAGACUCGGUCUGUCUGGGGAAAGGGGCAACAGGGGGAUUUUAACGCUCAAAACGGGCUCAUCAAGCGCUCACAAAAGGUCUUACAUUAUACACACACACACAGCGUCUCGGUGGGAUCUUCAUUUUUCCGAGACAAACAAAACUGCUUCUACGUAAUGUUCAACGUCCUCUCUAUUCCGAGGAGCUUCGAUCCCAUAGUGCAGUUUUCUUCUGCUAUAAACAAAUAGAUCUGUACAAUCUAGCAUUAGAUUAAUGAAUAACAUGUAAAUUAUUUUACAGGAACACCAUUUAAACAUUAAAGACCGUGUUUGCAUUUUUUUUUUUUUUCCAUUUGGUCUUUUUGUAAGUUUUUGGCAAAAGAAGUAUGUGUAUAAUUUGUCGUGCCUUAUGAACCGUUUUGUGUGGGGUUUUUUUUGUUCAUUUUGAAAAUGUAUGUAGAUGAACAACAAAGACUGAAAAUGAAAGAUUGAACACUACGUGCGUUUUCUGCUCAUUUUAUAACACUGACUUGAAGCAAGAUCUUGGCAAGAAGACGAAGACAAAAAGGUUUUAUCUUCAGUAAUAAAACUGCACAACACUGUAUAGCCUGCUUGUGCAGAAAAUCAGUUACACUUUCAAAAAAAAACAGUACAGCGUAUAAAAUGUGGACCCUCGUCCUGCUACAUAUACCAGUCAAAAGUAUGUAACUGGCCUUUAAGUCCUGACUGGAGUGCCAUUAUCUUAAACUAAUUAGAAGUCUGUUGGCAACACCAAACCCUUUUCUGAAGACAGGUGGAAGUUUCCCCUACCCAAUAUAAUUCAGGUCAGUUCUACAGGGUAAUCAUCAUCAUCAUCAUCAUCAUCAUCAUCAUCAUCGGUUAUUAAGCUCAACUACUACAGAACCAACUUGACCCUCACAACAGAAAAAAGGUUUAAUCAAGAGGAGCUGUUGCCAUUAUACACAACUUACACUGCAUAUCUAUUAGGUAGGCUUAUUGGCUUCUUAGAAGCCUUGUAUAACACUUGCAGAGUAAGGACAGGACCUUCUGUGAUUCCUUAACAAUUCUUACAAGAAACAGGACCUUAAGAUCACCCCCACAAAUAAGAACUGUAUUGUUCAGUACAUGUACAGGUCAAGCAGCUACAUCUGGCACAGGAAGCCAUGUAGUUAAAGACCAGCUGCUCAACAGUU